AUGGUUCAAGAAACUGACAAAACCCAAGAGCAAGCUCAAAAUUUGAGUAACACCGUUAAUAUCGACGAAUCUGUCAAGAAGACCAAAAAGAAGGAUGGUAAAACUGAAGAGGAAGAACUAUCAGAGGAAGAUCAAAAAUUAAAGGAAGAUUUGGAACUCUUAGUCCAACGUUUGAAAGAAGAUGAUUCCAGUCUUUAUGAAACAUCUCUAACUCAAUUGAAAACACUAAUAAAAACUUCCACUAGUUCAAUGACAGCUGUCCCUAAACCAUUGAAAUUCUUACGCCCAUCCUACCCAGAUUUAUGCGCUGUUUAUGAUAAAUGGACGGAUAAAGAUAUGAAAUCAAAUAUGGCUGAUGUUCUCUCAGUACUUGCAAUGACUUACGGUGAUAAAGAAGAACACGAUUCAUUAAGGUAUAGAUUAUUAUCAGAUGUUCCAAAUAUUGAAAGUUGGGGCCAUGAAUAUAUUCGUCAUUUAUCUUUGGAAAUAGGUGAAGCGUACUUCACCCAUGUCGUGGAAAGGGAAGCUCAAAUUCAUGGAUACGCAUGGGAUCCUACAAAGGUUGCUACACCAAGUCCACCACCAAUUGACUUCCAGAAGGACAGUAUUAUAAACUUAGCUUUAGAAAUCGUUCCAUAUUAUUUGAAACAUAAUGGUGAAGAAGAAGCUGUCGAUUUAUUGUUUGAAGUGGAAUCCGUCGAUAAAUUACCACCAUUUGUUGAUGAAAACACUUACCAAAGAAUUUGUCAAUAUAUGAUCGCUUGUGUUCCAUUAUUACCACAACCAGAAGAUAAGACAUAUUUAAAUACUGCAUUUUCCAUUUAUUUGACUCAAUCUCAAUUGCCUGAAGCAUUAGCUUUGGCAAUCAGAUUAGGUAAUGAAGAAUUAAUCAGAUCUGUUUUCGAUGCGACCUCUGAUAAAACCAUGCAUCAACAACUGGCGUAUAUUUUAUCCACUCAAAAGAUUUCAUUUGAAUACGAAGGCAUUCAAGAUAUUAUCGGAAAUACUAAACUUUCUGAACAUUUCUUAUAUCUAGCUAAAGAACUGAAUUUAACAAUUCCAAAGACUCCUGAAGAUAUUUAUAAGAGUCAUUUAGAUAAUGCUAAAUCUGUUUUCGCAGGUGGACUAGAUUCUGCUCAACAAAAUUUAGCAACUUCUUUUGUUAAUGGAUUAUUAAACUUGGGGUUUUGUAGUGAUAAAUUGAUUGUGGAUGAUGAUAAUUGGGUUUAUAAGACUAAAGGAGAUGGUAUGACAUCUGCAGUGGCAAGUAUUGGUUCCAUUUACCAAUGGAAUUUGGAUGGGUUACAACAAUUAGAUAAAUAUUUAUAUGUUGAAGAAAAUGAAAUUAAAGCAGGAGCCUUAUUAGGUAUUGGUAUUUCAGCCUGUGGUGUUCAUGAUGGUGAUGUAGAACCUGCUUUGUUAUUAUUACAAGAAUAUGUUAAUAAUCCAAACGCUAAACUCAGUACUGCAUCUAUCUUAGGUUUGGGUAUUGCAUUUGCUGGUAGUGCCAAUGAAGAAGUUUUAGGGUUAUUAUUACCAAUUGCUGCUGAUACAUCUAUUCCAUUUGAGACUGCUGUCGUGGCUUGUUUAUCUUUGGGUCAUAUCUUUGUUGGUACUUGUAACGGUGAUAUCACUACAGCAAUCAUAGAUAAUUAUAUAGAAAGGUCAGAUAGUGAAUUAGAAACAGAAUGGUUUAGAUUCUUGGCACUUUCACUUGGGUUAUUAUAUUUAGGAAAACCUGAUCAAAUAUCUGAUAUUGCAGACACGCUUGUCAAUUUUGAAGAACAACCAAUGACUGCUUCUUUAGAUUCAAUGUUACACAUGUGUGCUUACGUUGGUACAGGUGAUGUAUUAAUGAUUCAAAGUAUAUUGGACUGUUUAACUCCAGAGCCAGAAGAUAAAAAUGCCAAUGAAGAAAAUGAAAAUGAUGAAGAUGAUGGUACGGGACAAAUCAAUAGUUUAAGUGAAUUUUUAGGUGAGAAAGCAUCAGAGGGUGAAACUGAAACAGGGGAAGAACAUGAACAUGAACAUGAACAUGAAUAUGAAAAUGAACAUGAACAUGAACAUGAACAUGAACAUGAACAUGAAAAUGAAAAUGAGAACGAAGAGAAUAACACUAAUGAUAAUAACGAAGAUGCAGAUCAAAUGGAUGUUGAUCAAGAGGAACAUGUAGAAACUACAGGAACAACUGAAAAUCAAACAGAACCCACUUCGACCAACAAUGCGGAAGAAACAAAACCAAAAGAAGGUGCCCAAGAUGAAGAAAAGAAGAAAUCAGAAAAAGAAGGUGAAAAGGAAAAGGGAGGUGAUAACGAACAAGUAUCCGACUCCCCGGAUGGAAUCUGCGAGGAUCUAUUUGGUGUAUUAUCAAUUGCCAUGAUUGUAUUAGGUGAAGACAUAGGUAAAGAAAUGUCUUUACGUCAUUUUGGUCAUUUAAUGCAUUAUGGUAAUGAAACUAUUCGUCGUAUGGUUCCAUUAGCAAUGGGUCUUGUUUCUAUUGCUGAUCCACAAAUGAAAGUUUUUGAUACUUUAUCACGUCUUUCUCACGAUGCAGAUUUAGAUGUUGCAAUGAAUUCUAUUUUUGCUAUGGGUCUAUGUGGUGUUGGUACAAACAAUGCAAGAUUAGCACAAUUAUUGAGACAAUUAGCAAGUUAUUAUUCUCGAGAACAGGAUGCUUUAUUCAUAACAAGAAUUGCUCAAGGUUUACUUCAUCUAGGUAAAGGUACCAUGACAAUGGAUAUGUACGAUGAUUCACAUGUUCUUAAUAAAGUUACAUUGGCUUCAUUGUUGACAGUAAUUACUGGUUUAGGAACUCCAGGUUUCAUGUUAAAACACCAUCAAUUAUUCUAUUUCUUAAACAGUGGUGUAAGGCCCAAAUAUCUUUUAACUUUGAAUGAAGAUAAUGAACCUAUUAAAGUUAAUGUACGUGUGGGUCAAGCAGUUGAGACUGUUGGUCAAGCAGGUAAACCAAAAACUAUUACCGGUUGGAUUACACAAUCUACUCCCGUGUUAUUAAAUCAUGGAGAAAGGGCAGAAUUAGAAAAUGAUGAAUAUAUAAGUCUGUCUAAGAGUUUGGAAGGUGUUGUUAUCUUAAAGAAGAAUCCAGAUUAUCACGAAGAGGAAUAG